CCUUGUGUCCAUGCUUGUGCUGCGUUGGCUAGGGUCGGCAAACGUCCUGAUGAAUUUUGCCACAAGUGGUUGACAAUGGAUGCAUAUAAUGAAACAUAUGCAUUCCAUUUAAAUCCUAUUCCUGGUUAACCAAUGUGGGAGAAGUCUCCAUACAAUAGACCACAAGUUCCGAAAUUCAAAAAGAUGCCAGGGGUACCCAAGAAAAAAUGUAGAAAGGAUGCUAACGAGGACCCUGAUGGAAGCGACAAGCAAAAUACCAAGAUGAAGAGGAUUUAUAAAGAAGAUUCCAAUUGCUAUUGUGGGGAAAAAGCCCACACCAAGAGAAACUGCCCAGAAAGAAAGGAUGAAGAAACGGCAGCUGGUAUAGCAGCUGCAGCUGCUGCUGCUAAAAGUGGUAAUUCCAAUCCUAUUGUUCCUACCAUUGCUACUCCAGUUGUGAACCCUGCCCAUGCUAUUCCACCUGCUGAUGUACCAUCUCAAGUUGGUGCACAUCAAGAAAUUCAGCAUCAAGGCCAAGCUGAGGUUGAACUUGGCAUGAGCCAACUAAUUAUGUCUCAAAAUGAAGAUUCUCUACAAAUGGAUACUAGUGUAGUGCAACAUAAUGCAAGGCCCCCAAAGCUUGCAACCAAAAGAAUGGUGUCCCAACCAUCUAGUACUCCACCAGCAACCAAUGUACUAGUUGAUCCAAUGCAAGAUGCAUCUUCAGGGACAGCCACACGACUAGCUAGUUUCAUGAAAUUUGUCCCUACUCCUGGAUUCAAACCUCUAAGAAAAAAGAAUUGAAUUGUUGAUCAUUCUGUCUUUGGGAGCUUUAUAUGUAAUAGGGCAUUAUACUUUUGGAUUAGUUACCUUUUGGAUUAGUUAUCUUGUUUCUCUAAGUUUGGAUAACUCUGUAAUGAUGGCUUUUGGUUAGUAAUACUUGGAAUGGUUCCUUUUGGAUAAUUUACUGUGUUUUGUUUGUGUGUUGCAUCACACUAAAUUUUUUAGUUGUGUUUG